AUGGCCUUCAGCUUCGGGUCGUCCGCCCCCGCCGGAGGGAGCGCGCCAGCGGAGCUUGGGCCAGAGCUCUCAGAGGUCCUGACUGAUGAUAUUGGCUUCAGAGGUAUCUCCGGUGAUGCCAACGUCCGCUUCCUCCCCACCCCUUGGCCCGAAGAUGCUCUUCCCUCCCCGAACACCUCACUCCUAGCUGUCGCACAAAGCAAGGGCAUCGUUGUUGGUGCUGGCCCCGAUGCUCUAGUUGUCGCAACUACCGAAUCCGUCAGGAAAGCUAUUGAGGCUCCUACCGGAGAAGAUAAAGUCAAAACCAAGCCCUUCCAACCGCAAGCAACAAUUCCCCUUCCUGCGCGCCCAACACAUGUGGCCUUUACCGCGAGUGACGAUGCGUUGAUUCUCGCAACAGAGAACGGUUCACAAAUCUCGGUUUUCCAGACAGACAGUCUCCUGCAGGGCAAUGCGCAGCCUGCCUUAUCGGUUCCGACAAACGGUGUAUCGAUUCGGGCUCUUGUCCCCAACCCAGACCCCAACUCGACUUUUGUUGCCUUCGUCACUACCAAUGGUGAACUUAUAGUCGCCGAUCUGAAGGCUGGAAGCCUGGUUUCCGGCGCCAACGGUCCUAUUCUCCGAAAUGCCGUUAGCUGUGUCGCAUGGAGUAACAAAGGCAAGCAGCUCGUGGCUGGAAUGGCGGACGGAACUGCAGAGCAGAUGACCCCAGAUGGAACGAAGAAGGAUCAUAUCCCUCGCCCCUCUGAUUUAGAAGGGGAGUGUCAUGUGUCUUCUAUCGCAUGGCUGGAGAACGACGUCUUCUUCACGGUCUAUACCCCAAAUAUCCCUGAGGAUGACAUGGGAAUUCCAGCGUCUUCCUAUUACAUUAUCACGCGACGCAAACAGGCCCCUUUCUUGAUCCAGAAGUUGCCCGAAAUCUGCUCGACAAUUGGGUUUAUGAUGAAGCGUGCGCCAGCACAUCAGUUCAUCGUGCGGUUGCGAGACUAUAAGCCACACCUAAAGGAUGUGUUGAUGGUCGCUUCAACUGCUUCUGCCGAUGUUGGUCUCGUUGUUCGAGCUGAACAAACACUAGACAGGGAGGACACAUCAAACGCCCUUGCCGGCCAAUUUACGACCGCCAAUGUCAAUGAUGAUACCAAAAGAGCAUCCAUUCCACUGAAGGAAUCAGGGGACGAAACCUCGGUGAUUGGCCUGGCUCCUGAUCUAUCCUGUGGCGAGAAUGUUCUUUCACCUAUUCCGGGUGAGGAUAUCCAGGAGAGCUCAACCCCUCUACCGGGACUGCUUCUCCUGAAUAAUGAUGGUAUCCUAUCCUCUUGGUGGGUUAUCUACACCGAGUCGAUUCGCCAGAAGAUCCCUUACUCUGGUCUAGCAUGUCUAGCCUCAGGCGACCAGAUGUCACAGACGCCGUCUCAACCCACCCCUGCACCUCCUGCCCCAGCACCCGUCCAACAACAGCCUGCGUUUGGUCAGUCUUCGUUUGGCAGCCCCUCUCCGUUUGGCGGAUCUGCUUUUGGCAAACCAUCCGGUGGCUCUGCCCCAUCAGGCGGUGCCACCUUUGGCAGUCCGUCCACGAUGGGAGCAACGGCAUUUGGAAAGCCGUCUGCCCCAUCAUUCGGAAGCCCUUCUGGUCUUGGCGGUGGUGCGGCUCCAGCCUUUGGGAAACCUUCUUUCGGAACUCCCUCUCAGCCUGGCGCGGCAUUCUCACAGACCAACACCCCCGGACAGCAACCCCAAUUCGGCACGACCGGAUUAGGCGACGCGAGUUCGCGGGCAGCUUUUGGACAGCCUAGUCAUCCGGACGGUAAUUCGGGCAAGAGUCUUCUAGUUUCUGGACCUGGUGCCUCUGGUGGUGGGUUUAGCUCUUUCUCUGGAGGAGGUGGAGGAAGUGGGUUUGCUAGUUUCGCGGCAGCCAAGCCGGGAGACUCGCCAUUCGGGAAGCCUUCAGCAGAGUCACCAUUUGGGAAGCCUUCAACAGGGUCGCCCUUCGGGAAGCCUUCGGGAGAGUCGCCUUUCGGGAAGCCUUCAGAAGACAACGCCUUCUCAAAGGCAUCCGCGCCCUCUCCUUUCGGAGCCAGGCCUCAAAAUGAAACUGCUUUCGCUCCUGCAAAGUCUGAUACAGUGAAGAAUCCAUUUGGGCCUGGUUCUUCUGGUGGCUUUGUUCUUGGUUCUUCUUUCAAGGCUGAUGGAACAGCUGGAAAUGACAUGCCUAAAUCUGAUGAAUCUUCCUCGGGAACGCUCUCUUUUGGUGGAUUUGGCGACUCGAUUGCUUCACCGAGCAAGCUCAGUCCCCCGGCAGAGUCGAUGGAGGAUGCGGUGAACACGACUACUACUGAACAGCCACCAACGAGCGAGCCAUUCUCAAUCUUUGGCGCCCCUAGCAAACCUGCGGCUCAAGCUCCAUCCUUGUUCGGCACACAAACCGCCAAACCGCCUGCUCUGGAGACAAACAAGUCGAGCUCAAGCUUCUCAUUCUUUGGCUCCACUUCUUCUACUUCAACCCAGCAUCCUCCCCAGACCUCCUCUCAGAACCAGGUCACAAGCCCGCUUUCAGCACCUUCGGAUAAAACCGCCACACCGAAAAAGGAGCAGUCUGUUACUUCUCCUACCUUCCCUCCAAUCGAGGCACCAUUGCCUCCUGACCCUACCAGCAGAGCUAGUUACGCACCCGGUGACACUUCGGCUUCCUCUAAUGUCUCCAAAAGCUCAAUUGAAGACGCAACGCUCCCCUCAGACUUCGUUUGGGAGAAGAAGCAUUCUCCCAAGUUUGACGAUGCACCCCUCCCGCCAGAUUUUGUGACCAAAGCCAAGAAGUCUGAGAGUCCACCUCCACCAGCUCCCGAAGAGGCGCCCUUACCUCCUGACCCGACUACUUUCAAGGCUCAAGCCGAGCCUGCAGAAGAGGCCGUGCCUAUUCCCAAUGGCUCAGAUAUAGAGUCUCAGGAUGCCGACGAGUCUGAUUUCAGCGAUAGCGGCGAGGAGAUUACGCAUGAUGAGACUAACAUCCCAAGUCCCAAGUUCUCGGCGGGAACUUCCUUCGGUGGGUUAUCAGACAAGAGCUCUACGGGUGGAUUCUUCCGUGGAAAUUCACAGGCUGCACCGAAACAAAAUCAAAGUCAGCCUCCUCGGCCGCUAUUUGGUGAAAUUCCCAAGCAGCCUCUGCUCCCACCUCCACGAUCUGCCGCCAAAUCUGGCCGUGAACCUUACCGGUCACCCAGUCCCACUCGUAUCAGCUCGCACAAGAGCGGAAUUUUCUCUAAAAGGACAGGGAACCGCGAGGCUGGAAGUGCCCUGGCUUCACGGAAGGCUUCGCUGACACAGAUUGCUCAGCGUGAGGGACAGAUCAGGAAGGCUAGUGACGCUGUCCGGCAGGAGCAGGCCCGCGCCGAGGCGGCCGCUCAGCGCCGGGAAGAGGAAGAAGCUCUUGCUCUGUCCGAUGAUGACGAGGAUGAGAGACUUCGCGCUGAUCUUACUCUCCCGGUCGAGCCUGUUGCUACACUGGAUCCAUUCCUACCCCAUCAAAACUACACCGGAGAGACGGCCAAGCCGGGUAUCCCCGGUAUGAUUGAACGACUGUACCGCGACAUCAACUCUAUGGUGGAUACUCUAGGUAUUAAUGCCCGAUCGCUCGACUCGUACCUUCUUUUCCAGCAACCUACCCAAACCUCAACGGCGGAGAAGUGGGUGCGCAUUUUGAACAGUGACGAGCCUGCAAGUGUUCUGGACGAGGAGGCAUUCUUCCAGGAUAUCGACAACUUCGAAGAUGUCGUCGCCGCUAUUAGCCGUUCUCUUAACGAACGGCGUGUUCAAGGUGUUGAGGAAAAGCUGGACCAAUGCAGAGAGCUGCUCACUAAGGAUAUCGUCAUGCUGCGCACUCAAUUUGCUAGUAUUCGCAAGACCCUCGAUGCGCUGACUGACACUGGGGCUAUUCUUUCGGCCCCGCUCUCUGCUGAACAAGCUACUGUCCAGCAUGACCUCCGGGCCACAUUCACUGGUCUCCAGGUUAAAAUGGCCGAACUCGAGCAGGGAGUCUCGAUGCUCCGGGCCAAGAUUUCUGACAUUCCGCACCCCGAUGGAAGUGGCAACAGUUCUCGGAAAAGACCUACUGUGGAAGCCGUCGCGUCGACCAUUGCCACUAUGAUGAGCAUGGCCGAGAACAAGAGCAGCGAUAUUGACGUUCUGGAGGCUCAACUGCGGAAGCUCGGGCUCGACACGUCUUCCUCUGGCCCCGCCAGCCGCGAAGGCUCGCCCUUUACAACUCCUCGCAAGAAUAUCAGCCGUUUCCCUGCUACCCCGGGCUCACGCGGCUCUAUUGACGGCAGUGCAUACCACACCCCCGAGUCUGCUUCUCGCGGCGUCAACUUCCGGGCCAGCAUCAACGGCUCCGCAAAGCACAGCCGUUUGCGCAGUGUCGAUAUCGUCGCGCCUCUAGUCAACCGCGAAGACAACUCUCAGUGGAAGGCGAAGACUCAACGUCGGAAGCAUCUGAUCGGUAGUUUGAAGGAUGCGAUUGAGAAGAAAGAAGUUAAGGUGCGCGGGGUGGACGAUCUCUAG